AUGGUUAGAGCUAGUAAACACACUCGUAUCCUUAUGCAAAAAAGACGUGUAAUAAAUCAAUCAAUACACUACUACCAUACUAUCACCAUCACAAUGUACGUAACAAAACCACGUUCUCUGUACCGCCGCUUCCCCGCCGCUCUCUCCGCCCAUCCGCCGGCGGACGGUCCAUUCUCCGGCCAGCUAGUCGUCACCGACGAAGAUUCCGACGCCAUGGAUUCCUCCUGCUGCGGCAUCUGCAACACCGACCGGAUCAAGAACCUCCCACUCCCUUCCGACAGGAUCUUAAAAGUUGUCCACUCUUUACCGGACGAGGCCGCCAACAUCGCCAAAGUCUGGUUCGUCCCCGUUCUCGAUCAUCCUCUUUCCUCCAAUCGUUACUACGCCAUCAAAGCCAGGGGACAUCACAAAGGGCGAGCGUACACGUGUUCUAAAGAAGGAGACGCCGGGAUGUGCUGCUGUCCGAGGACUUCCCGGAUGUCGGAAAACAGAACGAGGCCGUUCGACCACCGCGACAGGUACCAACAGAUGGAGAUCCGGCCGUAUCCCGGCGGCGGCUUUUUCGCCAGAUCGGUGGAGUGGGACGGCUACCCGCCGAGCUUUUUACGUAAAGGGGGAUGGGAAGCUUACGUGUCUCACUCCUUCAAAGUUCAUCUACGCGAAGCUCCGGCGCUCCGGGAGCCGCCACCGACGGCGCUGCCUGGCCUCGACUUCCCGGUGAAUUCACGGCGGUCGAUUCCGGCGGUGAUAGGAAAGUGGUACUGUCCGUUUAUGUUCGUGAAGGAGGACGACGUUAGGUGCUGCGAUCAGAUGAGGAAAUCUUUGUUGUACGAAGUGAGCCUUAAGUUGUGGUGGGAGCGGAUAUACUCCGCCGACAACGACGGCGGAGGCGGUGGGUGCCACGUGGAGGUGGAUGCACGUGUGAAUAAGUUGAUUUGUUUGGUGAAUGGGAAGGAAGGUGAGAAGGAUGAGAGGCAGGAUAUGGAUGGGUUUGUUUUGUUUAAGUUGAAGGGGGAGUUUGGGAAGAGAGGGGGCGUGGGGUUGAGCUUGGGUUUGUACGAGAAGAUGAAGUGGUUGCAGGAGACCAGAGGUUGGUUCGAUGGGGAGAGAUAUGUAAGAGUUUCGGGGAGGAAGGAGAUCCAUGGGCAUGGCGGCGGCUGUAAUGAUUGGACAAAGUUUGGCUGCUAUGUGCUGGUCGAGAGCUUCGUUGUUAGGGCUUUCGAUGGAAGACUCGUCAUCAAUUUCAACUUCAAGAACACUGACAAAAUCGCCUGCAAAUGGGAAUGA